UUUCAACCUGUUUUUGCUUAUUUCUUAUUACCACUAGGUUUCCCCCCAUACAUUAUGCCAUUUCUCAGAAUGCAGCUUCCAUUCUAACAGUGCAGGAAACUGCCAUAUUGUUUUACUUUCAUUUUGUUGAACCGCCAAUUAACGGAUGUAAAAAAUGAGGUCAGUCACGUAUGAAGAGAACACACAUCACUGAGUCAAAAUUACAGGUCACCGUGCAAAGUAGGAAUUGCAUCUUCCAGUUGACUUGGUGCUUCUGGGAAUUCUGUUUGGUGUUGGAGCAUCAAUAGCACUUUGUUGAGCUACUGAAAAUAUGAUGAAUGCUGAUACAAAGAUCACUAUGGCUGAUUACAAUAAGAUCUAUAGUGAGAAUUAUGAAUCACACUGUGACAAACUUACAGUAUGUGAUCAGGAGUCUAGCAUGUACUUCCAUUCUAUUUUUAUUCCGGUCCUUUACUCUCUGGCACUGAUAGUGGGGCUGGUGGGAAAUGGGCUGGUUAUGGUGGUACUGUGGAAGAAAAGGCAGAGCAUGAAUGCUACCGACAUCCUAAUCCUCCAUCUGAGCUUAGCAGACAUUCUGCUGCUGCUAACACUGCCCUUCUGGGCUGUAGAAGCAGUGAAGGGGUGGAUCUUCGGCACAGUGUUCUGCAAGCUGAUUGGAGCUCUGUUCAAGAUCAAUUUCUAUGGUGGCAUUUUCAUGCUGUCCGGCAUCAGUCUUGACUGCUACCUGUCCAUCGUCCAUGGAGUCCAGAUGUAUUCUCAUAAAAAAAAAAUGGUAUUUCACUGUUGCUGCCUGAUGGUCUGGCUCUUCUGCCUUCUGCUCUCCAUUCCUGACUGUAUAUCACUUAAGAUCUACAAGGACUUCCAACGUCAGGAUAGAACAGAAUGUGUUCCAGAAUAUCCAUCUGCUUCUUGGCGUCUGGCCAACCGUCAUCUCCACCGUAUUUUUGGUUUCAUAAUUCCAGGACUAAUAAUGUUGUUCUGUUACUCUCGCAUCUUGCUGCGGUUUUGGCGUGUCUCCCAUUGCAAGCAGACAAAGGGGGCCAUCUGUUUCACCAUAGCACUGGUAAUCGCCUUCUUCAUCCAUUGGAUGCCCUACAAUGUCACCUUAAUUGUUGACACCCUACAAACAAAACAGGCCAUCAAUCCUAUUAACCUAACAUCCUGUGAAAACAUCCGAGGCACAGCAUUAGAUAUAGCUCUCAAAGUUACUUCCGCAUUGGCCUACUUGCACUGCUGUGUUAUCCCAUUACUUUAUGUGAGCCUGGUGUGACGGAGGAGCUCUGUAUGGUCAUAGCCAGUGAACACCUCACAUACAUCUGCUUUCUGAAACUUCAUAUGCUAUUAAACUGAUAUAUGUACAGUUAGACAGCAUGUCAUCUUAGUCACCAGUUUAGCCAAAGCCCUUCUUGGUCAAUUGCUCAGUUUGGCAAGGAGGCCAAUUCUAAGAAGAGUCCUAAUUGUUCCAAACAUCUUCCAUUAUGGACAAUGGAAGCUACAUUGUUCUCUGAACCUUUAAUGCAGCAGAUUUUUUCUGAACUCUUCCCCAGAUCUGUGGCUUGAUACAAUCCUGUCUCUGAGCUCUACAGGCAGUUCUUUUAACCUCAGGGUUUGGUUUUCGCUCUGAUAUAAAUUUUCAGCCAUUAGACCUUUUAUUGAAAGGUGUGUGCCUUUCCAAUGAAUUUGUCAUUUGUAACUCUACUCGAAGUGUAGUAACAUCUACAAGCAAAAAUGAAUGCUCUUGAGCUAAAUUUUUAAGUGUCCCAGUCAGACAAGUGUAUAAAUACUUAUGCAACGGAAUCAUUUCAGUGUUUUAAUUCUAAUAAAACUGCAAAGUUGUUACAAACUUGUUUUGUGCUUUGUCAUUAUGGUAUAUGGAG